AGCUUUGAAUGGUGCUACUGCGUCACAGCAGCUGCACGAGCUGACAGCGCUUCGCAGUCGGUACAUGAGAGCGCAUCGCCCGCGCGUCGCUCUUCAUCGGUCGCUGAAUGUUGGCGAGAGUGAUCGGCCCGUGCGUAGUUUCGGUGCACGGGGUGAGAUUGGAGUGUGGAAUCGAGGUGGUGGUAGAAUUUCAGGGCGAGGUGGUGUGAGAGGGACGGAGGGCAGGGAGAGGAGGGAGGGAAGCUUUGAGGUUUGUGGGGGCUUGGAGAGUGAAGUGAGAUGGCGGACUGGCAAGGGCUGGCAGUGGGCACGGUGGCAUGGGGAGCCGGAUUUGGCAUUGUGACUGCUCUGUUAGGGAAGAAGAAGUCAGGCGAGUUUUGCAAUCGCUGCGUUUCUAUGGUUCAUGUGUUUGUGGCAGCUUAUCUCUGCAUGGCCUCUGUCAGUGACUGGUCUCGCCCUCUGGAUGGCAUCGGCGGUCCUUCUUCCGCCUUACAGAUGCGUGCAAUCAAGACCAGCCUCGCGUACUUUGUAUACGAUUUCUUCUGCUGCCUGGUAGUUUUUCCGAGGGAUAUCGGCAAUGCUGUGCACCAUAUCAUCACGAUCAUGGGUCUUGGUUAUGGAUUUAUGACUCAAACGUGUGGGACAGAGCUCGUCGCGUGCCUUUGGCUCAUGGAACUGUCAAACCCUUUCAUGCAUGCUCGAGAACUCUUCAAAGAGUUUGGCAUCAAGGAUACUCCUCUGAACAUGGCGAAUGAUCUCUCUUUCGUCGUUAUAUUUACUUUGGCAAGGAUGGGAGUUGGCCCAUACGUCGUCUACCACACUCUCAACUCUCAGAGCACGCCUGUGGUCAAGUUUGGCGCCGUUGGUAUCCAGGUCGUCAGUGUCUUCUGGUUUUACAAAAUUGCUCGAAUGGUUAUGUACAAAUUGACCAAGAAGAAGAAGAAAGCAGUGUAGCUGACAUACUCCGAGCUUUACAUAAAGCUUAUGUCGCAAUUUAUUUUAGUUUAGGUCACUGCAACCAGGGCAAUUGUAUGUCAAACAUGCCUUAGAUUGAGGUUCAAAGCGUGGAGACUACACACACACAGAGAUAGUGAGAGAGCAUCGAGUGCGACUAGCAAAUGUGGGUUCUUCAGCAAGCAAUCCAAGGCUCAAAGUCUUGGCAAUUUUGGUUGUGGAGUUGUAAAUUGCAAGAAGCGUCUUUCGCUGUUCCCCCUUUUAUUUCUCAUGUGCAUAUUUGUC